UAGGACAACGUUUGAUGAUUAUUAAUGUGAUAAAAAAUAAAUUCCGAUUCCAGCCACCAUCAUCAUCACCAUCAACACUAUUAUUUCAUACUGAAUCCAUUCAACCAGAUAAACAACAUUUCAAAUUAAAAGUUCAUGAUGAUUAUUUUGAUUCAAAAUAUGGCGAAAAUUUAAAACAAAUUCAAAACUCAAUGUUUAUCAUACCGGAUUUUAUUGAUCCACAUGAAGAACAAUCAUUAAUGGAUGAAGUGGAAAAUGUAUUCAAAACACGACGAAUACGUUAUGAACAAACACAUUGGGAUGAUGCUAUACAAAAUUAUCGUGAAACCGAACAUUUACGAUGGCAACAAGAAAAUGUAAAAAUUAUUGAUCGUAUUCGACAACUUGCAUUCAGUGAUAAUGCUAAUCACAUUAAAUUCGUACAUAUACUGGAGAUUAAAGCCAAUGGUUUCAUCAAACCACAUGUCGAUAGUGUUCGGUUUUGUGGUGACACAAUAGCCGGAAUAUCAUUACUUUCAGAUUCAGUAAUGCGUAUGCGUCUUGAAUCGAAUCGUGAUAUUUAUGUCGAUAUUUUACUUAAUCGUCGAUCAUUAUAUAUUAUGACUGGCGAUUCACGUUAUCUUUAUGCACAUGAAAUUCUUGAUGAUGAAAAUUCAUUAUUCAAAGGACAACAAAUAAAACGUGAUCGUCGAAUAUCGAUUAUUUGUCGUAAUGAACCAUCGGAUACCACUACAGCUACUGAUUAAUUGGCAAAAAAAAAAUUGUUGACAAUUUGUUUAUUUAUUUAUUUAUUUAUUCAUUUCAAAUACAUAUUGUGUGAAUUUGUUAAUUAAUUAAUUAAUUAAUUGGUUUUUGGUUGAAAAUUUUAAAUUUUUUUUUGUGGUUGUUUUUCCGAUGUUUCAUGUGAAUCAAAACAAAACAAAACAAAAAAUCGCUGAGGGAUGGUGUCGGCGCGGUCAGUUUCAGAUGUUUAUUUGUUGUCCAUCAAUAAUAAUGGAUUAUAAUAGGUGGAUUGUGUUGAAUAUCAAGCUGUAAAAAAGCUUGAUAUUUUUUAAAACUAAAAAAAUGAAAAUCGAACGUUUGUGUGUGCGUGUACAUGUGUGUGUGUGUGUCAAUACGUUUCAUUAUGAAAUUGAAAUUUUUUUUCCCGUAUUUAUAACGUAAACGGAAAAUGGAAAAGGACAUGGCUAAUGGCUACAAUGUCUUGUCUUUGUAUGUGUUGCGGUAAAUGAUAGAAAAAAAAGAAGAUUGCACCACACCGGAACAACCAC